AUGACAGAUCCAUUUUCGAUCGCUGGGAGUGCUGUCGGGGUUACUUCCCUUGGACUGACGGUCUGUCAAGGCCUCAUCCGCUAUUAUACAGCCUACUCAGCGUACGACGACGAUAUCGCCGAGACUGUCGGACUGAUACGUCGUCUUGAAGGCCUCUUCGUCCUGUUGAGGGAUGUGCUUCAAGGACUCCCUGCAGAACAGGCCCUCCUAGUUACCCAGGUGCAGAGCUGUAUGCAAUCGUCCGAAGGCCGUAUCAAGGCUUUAGAUACUCAUCUCGACAAAUGCCGCGCUACUCCCUCACCUGGUGGUUCGGUGAAGCUACAACAGUCGUGGAGAAGAGGGCUCUUUCCGUUCAGAAAGCCGGUCUUGAAUGCCUUGAGGGACAAUGUGGAGAGCUUGCGCAGCAACUUGGUGUUGGCGGUGGAAAUUCUCCAACUAGCCCUCAGUGGCCAGCAAUCUUCUGAUCUGGACCGUCUUCUGAAGGCCGCCGCGUCGACCGCAAAUGAUACUGUUGAGCUCCAACGUCGCCUGGCAGCCACAGGGACACAAGUAGACGAUCUUCAAGCAGAGUUCGCACCGGUGAAGAGCACAAUACUAGACAUUGCACCAGUGAUCCGCAACAAACUGCCGAGAGUAGAGGAAACCGGCUUGAGGCUGCUGGAAAAGGCCGACACACAUACGUCGGUACUAGAGGACGUUAGCUGCGCCGUUCAAUCUUUACACACCGGUUUCAACUCUCGCUUACCAAGUAUUGAGACGAAGAUUGAUCAGUUGCCUGAUCAAAUUCAGGAGCGUAUCCUGGUCACAUUCGAAACGUGUGUGCAGCAGCUCAUCCAUUCACGCUUGAUGCCGUCCGCCACCUCAGCUACAAGCUUAGAAGAAGUCGGUCGACUGGAGUCAGACAUGCAGGAAACCAGCCGGCACUUACUUCAGAGUCCCAGCUUCCUCAAGGAUACUUGCGACGCUGUCCAGCGAUCCAAUCCGGACUUCAUGGGUCGCAGCAGCAACACAACACUUUCGUCGUUCGGUGAGCCGCUCUGUAAUUGCAGAGCAGGUGUUCGAAGCCGCAACCAGAAAGGCUUAACGCGGUCAAUAACCAUCUUCCACUCCACAGAGGUCACACAUCGCCGCGACUGUCCCUGGUUCAGAACGGCAAAGCGUACCACGACGCUUGGACUGAGUCUGCCCUUCUCCGCGUACUGGCUGAACAAAAUAGUACAAUUUACUAUGACGGUCUCUAAGGGAGCUGGAGCGCUGUCAAUUAGUCCCGCCUUGAUCUUCCGUGCUACCGUCCCGUCCGACUCUCCUGCUUUCAAACUCGUAGAUAGUCUGUUUUAUAGAGGUCGCCGUCAACUCACAUGUGUGGAUUUCAAAAACACCAUACGGCAACUAGGAAGGCUUUUCCAGGAGGACGGGGCCUCGCCAGGUGAUGUAGAGGAUGUGAAUGGAGAGACCUUGCUGACAUAUGCUCUCUCAGCCUGCUCUUCCGCCUCUAUGGUCGAGCGCUGGGAACGCGACGUCUUUGAAAGCUAUCGUGAGUUCCUUCUGGAGUUAAUUCGUAUAGGUGUACCGCUUGACGCUGUAGAUUCACAUGGAAGGAGUGUAUUGGAUAAUCUUUUCGUCAGCUACACGGCCCCUUACUGGCUUACUAGGGCCGACGGUGAAUAUGAUCUGUCGCGCAUAUACUCUAUCGCCAACUCGCUGCGUGAUCGGGGGGCGGACUGGGUCAAUUGCCAUGCUUGGCGUGGUAGCCCUGUAGAUGCUUUGCAUGUUGCUGAUUGGCUCGCAAGAUUUGAAGAUAUGGCAGAAGUCGCGCAGUGCGGGAAGCUUAGUACAGCAAUCCUCUCGAGGUCCUCGGAUGAAGUAAGACGACUGCUUCGCCGCUUUCCAGCUCCACUCCAUGAGCGCGACGCACUUGGGUUUACGCCCCUUCACCUAGCCGCUGAUCAGCCUGAGCUGUUAGCUCUGCUACUUGACUCAGGUUUUAAAGCGGUUCUUGACACGAAGGAUGAGUUCGGAUACCCUCCCGUUUUUCAUGCUAGCGCUCGCAACAACUUGCCGGCAUUGCGGCUUCUUCUCGAUGCUGACUGCGCACUCAACGUCAAUAUCUUGGAUACAGCGAUCGAGGACUCCUGGCACGAUGACGUCCUUCACCUGCUAAUCGAUACGUUGGCGGACAGACGAAAACGCCUCUCAGAGUUUACCUUGGAACACUUGGGAUCCGCCUCCCAGGAGCAGCUGUGGCAGCUUAACCUGCAGAGCCAUACAGUUCUCGACCGACAAGCAUACGAUGUUUGUCAAGCUCUGGACGUAGUCGGUAUUCCUAUCCCGGCCGCAAUUAAAUGUUCCGGGCUCGGAACGACUGUCUACCAUGGUCGGUUUAAUUACCAUGGUAGAGAGGCAUUUGAGGAAUAUCUAGCGGAUAAAAUCUACGAAGCGGGCUUUCAUGAUAUCGACAGUCCGGAUUGCGAUGGUUGGACACCUCUAUCUUAUACACUUUUCGGUGAUCUUAGGAGAUCGUUGGAUACAAUCAGAUUCGUCUUUUGGCUAUUGGAGAAAGGCGCAAGCUUGACUCGACGUCUGCCAGACUGCUCCGGAGCGGAUGUUGAAGAACAGUCGACUGUGAGGCCGUGGACCACCGCUGCACAUGUAAUUGGAUCAGGCUUGGGCAGGGGAUUGGCCCGCCAUGUGAACAACCGGCUCGUCUACAGAAUCGAAAACAGAGCAGCUGUCCCAGGAUUGUAUCUCGGUAAUGACGUAGAACGCCUACUUGCCAUCAUUUUAAGGCCGAGCAUCUUCGACACAUGUCGAUGCGCGUGUUCAACGAGCGGUUGCAGUCCUGCAGCAAAUCUCAUGAACGGUUUCAUAAUCGGCCUGAAACUCGGCAGUAAACUCUACAUUAGACCGCUUCGAGACUUCGAACUUUCUUUGACCGAGAUGCUUGUUACUGCAGGUGGAAUGGACAAGAAGACUUCAGCGAGGGUUGCUCUCGAGCUGAUCCGUCUAAAGACAUUUGAAGAGUUAGAGCUUACACACACUUGCUGUAAGGGAGAGAUCUACUACUUGCGGCAGAGUCAACCUCCCAUGCCGGACGAGACUGAGAUCGACGAGAUCCAGGAGGAGCAGCGCAUCUUUAUCGCGCAGCUGGAAGAUCUUGUAGCGGAAUUCAGCUUUGAGUUCGAGAAGCGGCAAGAACCACUCCUAGAAUUCUUGGACGGCUACUGGACAGAAAGAAUGAAGGAGGUACUGGCCGAGCCGUACUCAUCCGAUGAAGAGGCAAUUAGGCAAAUCGAGGAACUUGGUGUCAAGAUUCAAAGGCAGACUAUCGGGGGCACAUCUGCUCAAACACUUCCAGGAUCACACGAUUGA